AUGGCGGAGAACCCGCUCCCGAUGGUGCUGAGCGCCGUCCAGGCGCUCUACGGCAUGGUGCGUGCAUUUGCAAUGCCAACCGCGCAACCGCCGCCUCUCAACGACUCUCCUUUUCCUCCGUUAUGCAGCUGUGAACUAAUUGUCACUCUCGUGUGUAUUUCCGCACAGGAAGGAGCAGCGCGACAGCGAGAAGCCAACGAGUUCCUCAACAGCUUCGCGGCCUCGGAGGCGGCCUGGGGCGUCGCCUUCCAGCUGCUGGAGGACGAGUCGCUGGCGCUGCCGCCCGAGGCGCUCUUCUUCGCGGCCAACAUGCUGCACACCAAGGUGCGCAAGGAGUGGGUACGGCUGUCGGCAGAGCAGAAGGCGGCCAUGACGGCGUCGCUGCAGAGAAUCAUGCAGGUGCUGCGCGCCGGGACCAGGCUCGGUUUCCACCAGGGCCCGCUGGCCAGCAAGCUCUGCGCCAUCUACGCGGUGGCCAUGGUCUCGGCCCCGAACGACUGCAAGGCUCUGUUGUCGCAGCUGCUGGCGAGCUGCUCGGCUACGGGGGACGCAGGGGAGAUCGCGUUCUUGCUGGCCAUCUCGCGCUGCGUCUGCGAGGAGAUGGAGAACGCCGAGCUGGCUUUCGCUGCGAAGGACGCAAUGGAGCUGAACCUCGCAAUCUUGAGUGAAGACUUGGUGGCGCUGAUCGGGAAGAUUAUUCUCACACGCGAAGAUCAGGACGCUCGAGUGGCAGCGCUCCAUGGUGAGGCGCUCGGGUGCUUAAAGGUGUGGGUCAAGCGCGCGGGACUCUCGUUGGCGACCCUGUACUCCAAGGACGAGGCUGUGCUGAUGGCUCUAUUGGAGGCACUUCAGAGCAAGUCGAGGCAUCUGCAGAUCUGUGCAGAGAUCCUGUCGAAGCUUACCACGGUCGCGUCAUACCCGACGCCGGCUCAGCUGGAGAAGACCGUGCUGGUUGUGGCACAAGGACUGCUGAAGACCCGAGCGGCCUGUGAAAGUGCGCGUGCUGCAGAGGAAGACGAAGUGAGCCACGCGCUCACAGAUGUGAUCUCUACGUUUUGUGAAACGUACGCUGAUUGGAUUUUAGAGGGCGAGCACCCCCAGGAAGCUGCCGCUCUCGGUGAAUUUAUGCUGUAUCUUGGCUCCCAUCCGCGCCGACAGAUCGCGUCGCUCACGCUGGAGUUUUGGCUGGUCGUGCAGGACGAGCCUGUGGCGUCACGACUGCGCUUUUAUCAGCACGAUGCCUUCAUGCAACUUUUUGACGUUUUGCUCAAGCAGUGUGCCUUUCCUGCUGGAAACGCUGACGAGAUGGACGAGCUGGAACGAGAUGACCUCUUGGCUUUCCGUAGCGGCUUCCAGGGUGUAUCAGAUUCGUUCCUAGCCAUUUUCGCGCUGCUUAAGGAGCGGUUCCUUGCUCACUUGCUGCCGAUUCUGACGUCAGCAGCGUCGAGCGACUGGCAGAAUGCCGAGGUUGCUCUGCUCGCCGUCUCCAUCGUAGCAGACGAUAUCAAGAAAAAACUCCCGAAGGCUGCAGCAACUACCGCGCAGCAAGCAGAAUUGGAGACGAUGAUGUCGCAAAUUUUCCAGGCGGUACUAGGCUCGACGGCUAGUGCACACCCUUUGGUAAUUACGACAGCCUCACGACUGCUGGGCCAGUUUAGUGGAUGGAUCAACGAUAGAGCACUAGCGGCUCGUGCAUUUGAGACAGUCAGCGCUGUGCUCCAGUAUCUGACGGGAGCGCUUGGACUCGCCGCUAGCCGCGCAAAUGCCGCUAGGAGUUUUAUGCAACUUGCAACAAGCUGUACGGGAUGCCUAGCCGAGAUGCAACCCAGCGUCCUGGUGGCUAGUGUGCAGCAUUUUGGAGGUGCGGCUGGACAAGAGCCCAUGCCGAUUGAGGAUCGGUUGCUGGUCGUGGAGGGUCUCGUACGUGGCGCUGCCGUCUCGCCUCACUGCUCGCUAAUCUUGCAGACCGUGCUGAGUGAUUCACUGACUCGUCUGGACCAAGUGCUGGCGGCUACGGGCACUGAUGACUCGGCUGUGGCUGUCCCGGUGUGCAGCGAGCUUCAAGUGCUCGGCAAGGUUAUGCGGUUCUUGGACGCGCCUGAAGACGUAGCAGGAGGCAAGGCUGUCACGACGUGGGCUGUUCAACUGAUCUGGCCUCACUUGGAUCCGAUCACACCCCGCUUUGAGGCUGAUGAGGCUGCGAUGACAGCCUUGUUCGAGCUAUAUGGGUGGUGUCUGCAGAGUUUGCGGCAGGAGAUGGCGCCGCAGCUUGGGAACAUCGCGACUUUGAUUGUGAAAGUUUUCGAGGAGAGACGCUACGUGGCUCCACUCGAAUGUGCGUCUGUGGCAGUCGAUGUCUUUGGGAAGGAUGCCAGCGCAGAGAUUGUUGAGAGCUUCCGAGGACUUAUGGGCGCGCUGAGCCAGUCAGCGUUCCAGUUCUUCACGACUCACUCGCUGGCAGAGUCGCCGGAGGUUUUGCGUUCGUUCUUUGAGCUGGCCUACCGGUUUUUGCUGUUCUGCCCCGCUGCGGUUCUCACUGCGGCCGAGUUCCCCGUGCUGAUCGAGCUGAGUCUGGCUUGUCUUGGCAACCAGGACCGACCAUCCACGAACGCGGUCAUCAUGUUCCUCACUUAUUUACUCAACGAGAGCACGUUCAAGUUGGCAGUGUUCACAGCCGUUAUCAACGCCAGUGUGCUGGACGCUGGCCAGACCGAAAAGUGGCUCGACAGUCUCGUGGGUGCGCUAGCCUCAAAGAGUCCGAGCGGGUUGUUCGAGUCGUUGGGCAAGCUGUUGUACGCGCUGCUGACCAGCUUCGCGGAUAACGAGCGUGUUAGGGCUUCGCUUAUGCAGUCGUUGAGCCGCGAUGAGCUGGGUGUGACAGAACUUCGGCCUGAAGAUCGGCAGCAAGUGCUGCACUUGUGGCUGUCGCUCGCGGCCCAGCCUUCAGAGUACUCCAAGCGGCGCUUCCGCAACUUGUGCAAGGAUUUCGCGAAGGUGUGCCGCAAGGAGACGACGGCCGAUAAUCUUCACUCGAUGGAGCCGCCCAUUUGA